CACAAUAACACAAUGACCAAUAAUACUCAGACUCAGACUCAAGAGGCCUCAAUGUACAAGGCUGUGGCCUUUGACUUGGACGGCACUCUGCUCAACUCUGAGAAGAAGGUCACAGAGAAUACAAAGAGAGUGUUACAAUAUAUUAAACAGAAUAAGCCUGGCGUCGAGUUGGUGUUGGCAUCGGGCCGUGCACCAUACUUGAUCAUGCCAACGGAGGAGGCUGCAGGCGUCGAUUGUGAUCUGGUCGGUUACAACGGUGGCAUGUGUCUCUCAAAGAAGAGCGAAGGUCGUUCAGUCAUCUUCUCCAAGCCCAUCCCGCCCACACGUCUCGACAGCAUCUAUCACUACGUCGAAGAGAACAACCUUUGUCUCAAUGUCUACGGCGACGGCAUCGUCUACGCCGUUACCAAGCAAAAGCAAAAGGCCGACAACUAUGCCACACUCACUGGCGCAUCAUACAAGUUUGUCGAUUCCUACUUUGACUUGGCCAAGGACUUGAACCCAAUGAAGUGUUUGGUGAUCACAGAGUCGGAUGAGGAGUGUGAUGCACUGCUCGCCAAGUUGAAGCCAAUAUUCCAUGAUCUGAGCUUGGUCAAGUCAAACUGCUUUGGCAAGACGCUGAAGCAGUAUUAUGUCGAGUUCUUGCAGGCUGGCGUCAACAAGGGACUGUCCGUCAAGCAGUACUGCGACAUCAAGGGCAUUGCCACCGAGCACCUGCUGGCGUUUGGCGACGCCGAGAAUGACAUUGACAUGUUGCAGAUCGCCGGCCACGGCGUGUGCAUGGCCAACGGCAACGACGUCACCAAGAACGAGUCCAACCGUGUGUCCAACUACACCAACGACCAAGAUGGCGUUGCCAGAGAGCUGGUGGAGAUCUUCCAGCUGCCGCAUGAUCUUAUCCAGUAA